AAAACCGAUACGCCUUCCAUUCGUUAUCGGAACUCUUCUGUGUUACGAUCAGAUAGAUGGAGACCAGAUCAGAGGCAAAGAGAUUGUCUUACAGCAGUAAUUGUGAUUUUCACCGUUAAAAUACACAUGUUUAACUACUUGAGACAGUAUCCUGACUCGUUGUGGAGAUUUUAUCAGCGGUGUGCAAGUUGAACAGGUGAAACGGUUUUCACUGGUGAAAACAAUCAGACAUGUCUCGCUUUGAUGUGGAGAAAUUUGACAGUCCUCCAGACCCAGAUUUGGUGUGCUGUAUCUGUCAGUGUGUGUUGGAUGGCCCGGUGGAAAGCCCCUGUCGUCAUGUGUUCUGUAAAGUCUGUAUCGAAACAUGGCUGCAUCAUAACAGGAACUGUCCAACAUGUCGCCAUCGACUAAAGAAAAGACAUCUUAAACCAAUACUACCCAUCGUACAAAACAUGUUGAACCGCUUGUUGAUGUUUUGUGAUUUUCGAAACAAUGGUUGUCGAGAAAAAGUGCCACUGGAGAUGUAUGAUAAACACAUCAAUGAGUGUGACUUUAAAAUGAUGGAGUGUAAAUAUGAGAAAUGUUUCGAAUCUGUCUUACGGAAAUUUCUGAAAAAGCAUGAAGAGGAGGAAUGUGAACACAGAGAAAAGCUGUGUACAGAUGUGUGUGGUUUGAUGAUUCCAGUUCGAAUUUAUGACAACCAUGACUGCGUGGAAGAAUUGAGGAAAUACUCGCAAGAACAAUAUGCCUUAGUUGAUACUCUGAAGAAAAAAGUAACUGAGCUCAACACAUUAACAGAAAAAUUAAACCAACAAAUAGAAACCCUUCGGCGUAGAAGUCUCUCAUUUGAUGUUUGGAUGUCAUCCAGUGACGACAGCCGAAGUCUGUCGGAUUUCUCUUCUGCAGAUAACUACAGUGAUUACAGCUACCCAGACUAUGAGGACAGAAGGCAGGGGAUGACGUUCGAGGAAUUCGAUCGUCAGGACAGAAAUUUUUGGAGAAGUCUGCGUGAUUUUGGGGAUAGACCGAGAAGGCGAAGAACAAGAAGAAGAUAUAGACGUGAUCCCAGGGAUGAGCAUACUGGAGAAAUUGAUGUGGUUAACACCCCUCCAAGGUCCCCGUCACCACUGCCUAACCCGAAUGGAAGUGAUGUGGAUGUAGUGAAUGAGUCUGAUGCGGACAGAGAUUCCACGUACUAUGAAAGGUAUCGUCGUCGUCGCUUAUAUCGAUCCAGGCGCUCAUUCUCACGUAAUAAUUCCCGGAGUUCCUCACGGGAAUCCAAUAUCCGGAGUUCUUCUCGAGAAUCCUAUCGCCAUUCUUCAACAAGUAGCAGGUCCAGUAGAACUCGAACAAACCGUAGCUUAAGUUCUGAUUACAGUCACAGAUCAAGACGCAGUGAACGCAGUUCUCCAAGUCGAUCAUAUCAGUCAUCACGAAAUGCAAGUCCCAGUUCUAUCUUAUCUGGUGAAUCUAGCUUAUAUCACUACAGGAGAAGACACUCGUCUAGACGUUUCAUUUCAUCCUCCAGAUCUCGCUCAAGGUCACAAUCAAGGUCUUUUUCUCCUCGUCGUUCUCGCUCCAGGAGUUGUGGUUUGUCUGCAGCAGAGAGUGAUGGAAGUGGUGGGUCUAUCAGAGAUACAGGUAGAGAUUCUGACAGACAGAGCUCAACAACAAGCUCAAGGUUUUCCCACCAGAGAAAUGAAGAUUACAAGUGUGAAGAGGAGAGAGACCAUAUUAAUGGAGUACACAGAGAAAACCAGGGGCCAUCGGACAGGAGGGAGCAGGAGUAUAGUAGUGAUGAUGCUCAGCGAGUCACCAGGGGAUGGCUACCAGGAAGAAAGAGUGCUCAGGAUCAGGUGGAAGAAAACCACUCCUCAGACAGGCAGACACAAUCCCUGCAAACAUCAAACCACACAGGAAAGCCCACCAAAGGUGCAGAAAGGUCACUGAGUGAGAGUGGGUAUGGUGAGGGGAGUUCUAGUAGUGCCGAGAAUUGCCUGUCCCGCUCACCCCUCAAACGAAAAAGAACAGAAUCUGUGGGUGAUGCCUGCGAUUAUGAUUAUAGUGACAACAAACGAAGAAAACGAGAACCAGCUAAAUCUUCCCUUAAUGCCACUGGUUGCUCAUCAUCCACUAACUCCUCACACCAAAACAGGUGUGGAACCAGCACAUCAGAGCACCAACCAAAAAGUCAAAGGUCAAAUUCCAAGCCAAGUUCUGUGAAUUCACAGAGAACAUUUCCGCUAGUGGCAAGGCCGGAGCAUUCGGCACUGGAUACUGAACAUUACCAUUCAGACAGUGAUCAUACGAAGGAACCUGUGUCGUCUCCAGAGGAGAGUGAUGUGACAUCAUCGUCAAUGUAUGACAGCAGUAGUGACUAUGAGGUCCUUAUACCGAAAUCUGCAAACCAGCUUCUGUCUGAGUAUGCCUCUGAUGAAUCAGAUGAGAGCUGGAAGCCAGGGUCUUCUAACUAGUCAUGGUGUCAAGUAUCUACACUGAGUGACAUACUUCUUAAAGAUGCUAUAGAUUUGUGAUCCUUCCUCUAUGUACAGUAGAGAAAUCUAAUUUGGGUGUGUGUGGGUGUGUCUAUUUGUGACAUUUGUUAAAGUAUUUGUGACUGCCUGUGUCUAAUAGACCACAUGGUAGGGCUGAAGUGAUAAUCUUUUAUCAAAUUUUGCCUGGCAUCUGUCUGUAUGUUUGUCCAUCUGUCAACUUAACACAUGUUUAGCUUGCCUGAGCCAUAGAUUCAAGUGAGAUACCAUUAAUUUGUGAUCAAAAUUUGUCUGUUGCUGUUGGUGAAUAUUAACUUUGUACCUUUUGAAUUUGUCCAUUCUCUCUAGGCUGAUUUUAACCAAAGGCACAAAUUAUUCUCGGCUGAAGGAGACAUGAGUUUGUUUAAACCAAGGUUGCAUGGACCCAGGUCAGGGGCACAAUAAGGGAUUAAAGCUUUUAUAGGAAUAGAUUGAUCUAUACAGGAUAUGUGAUUCACAUGAGUACAGAUUGUCAAAUCAUUACAUAAGCAUCCACAUAUAGUAUAGACUUUGUUGAAACCAUUAUCUCAGAAACCAGAGAAUACCCAGAGUAAGGGUUGCAUUAAAAAAUCUUCUAUACGGUCGCAAGAAUACAAUUAGUCAACUGAAUACACAUGUACAUACAUACUUGUGUAAUGUAGAUUAAUAGCUCAAACCAGAUGGGAUUUAAUGUGUAGAAAAAUUCUUUAUACAUGUAUAUCAUAUAAUAUAGCAUUUACAGUUGAAUAAAAUUUAAGGCCAAAAAAAUUAAUCAUUUCUCGGGCCAAAAAUUUCAAAUUUUGAUUGCAGAAUGAGUUACUAUUUUCCCUCAAAUAUAGAAUAAGCAAUGGAAUUUUUAAUUUUCUAAAAAAAAAAAUAGCUUCACAUAUUACUUACUAUUUCAAAAAUGUAUUCUAUUUUUCUUAACCACUUGCACAUAAUUGAGUUUGCAUUCAAUAAUUAUUUGAACAAAAGAUACUUGCAGUCUUGUUAAAACCUUCUCAAAUUUAAGUUUUAGAUAAAUAUCUAUAAAGAAAAGAGUUACAGUAUCUCAUAUACAUAAAUAAACAAAUAUAAAUUUUUUUAAAAAUUCCAUGUGGUACCUUUUCAACGGAUGCGGGGCCCGAGAAACUAUUAAUUUUUUUGCCUAUUAAAUAUCUUCCUCUUAAUGGUACAGUGUGUCAUAUCAGAAUACAGUAAAACAUGGUUACAACGAACACACUUAUAAUGAAAGUACACUUACAGCAAAAUGAUUUUUUAUUCCCUGUUUUUUAAACAGAUUAUUAACUUAUUGGAUAUAAUGAAUUACUUUUAUAACGAAUCAAAAUUGUUCGUUCCCAGCACUUUGCUAUAAUAAGAGGUUUUUUUACUGUAUAUGUACAGGUGUUCUCAUGUGUUGUGGAUUCAAGUUUAUUCAAUCUGGGGGUGGUUAAAGUUUUGUAUAUUUAGGGUCCUAAGCUUAAUGAGUCUGUCAAUGAAUGGACAAGGUUGUGCAGAGAGAUGUUGUGGACCAUGGACCUCUUAUUUGACAUCUGUCGGGACUGUAAGGAAGGUAUCAUAUUUUGGAUUGGAUUGAAAUAUUUGAUAUUAAAUUUCAAAUGAAAAUGGUUUUUAAAAAAAAGUGAUGAGCAUUUGGACAGUAAUAAGUGGUUCAAUUUACUCCAGGAGCCAAAAUGAGCCUUCAAUGGGACUCAAAUAGUUUUACUUAGAAAUAGUAAAUGCAGAGAAAUUAAAAAUUCUGGAAGAUUAAACCAAACUGUUAAAAUUUAUAAUUGCAAGCUACCAUAUAAAGCUUUGAAUAAUUUUUUUUACAUGUAUUGUGCUAGUAACACAAAAUGUUGUGAAGAAUAUUGUAAUGUGCAAUUACAUAAUUCACUGUUCCUGUUAAGUGCAUGACAGAUGUCAGAAAGCAAUCACAUUCAAUGCUUAUAUUUUCUCAAUAAAAUGUUUUAAGACUUCAAA